AUGAAGAUGUUUUCUGAGUCUCAUAAGACUGUGUUUGUGGUGGAUCACUGCCCGUACAUGGCGGAAUCCUGCAGGCAAAAUGUGGAGUUUGAUAUGUUGACGAAAAACCGCACCCAAGGAAUUAUCCCCCUGGCCCCCAUCUCCAAAUCUCUAUGGACAUGUGCAGUGGAAGCAUCUAUGGAAUAUUGCAGGAUCAUGUAUGAUAUAUUUCCGUUCCAGAAACUGGUGAAUUUCAUCGUCAGUGAUUCUGGAUCUCGGAUACUGAACUCAUGGAGUCAGGAAGAUCAGAACCUGCAAGAGUUAAUGGCAGCCUUAGCCACCAUUGGACCCCCAAACCCCCGCGCUGACCCUGAAUGUUGCAGCAUUCUGCAUGGACUGGUGGCCGCUGUAGAAGCGCUGUGUAAAGUUACAGAUUAUCAGCACACAUCCCGGGCUACAACGAUGGAGAGUGCAGAACACGUUGCGAACAGAGGGAGAAUAAUCUGUCUGACCAAUGCAAAGAGUGACAGUCAUGUCCAGAUGUUGGAGGAUUGUGUCAGUGAGACCAUUCAUGAACACAACAAGCUGGCGGCCAGAUCAGACCAUCUCAUGCAGAUCCAGAAAUGUGAACUAGUGCUGAUUCACACCUAUCCCGUCGGUGACGACAGCCUCGUGUCCGAUCGCUCCAAGAAAGAACUUUCCUCAGCUUUGUCCAGUGAGGUCCACAGCGUCCGUGCUGGCAGACAUCUUGCUACUAAACUAAACCAUCUGGUACAGCUCCACUUUGACCUGGCUUCCACCACUAUAACCAACAUUCCUAUGAAGGAAGAACAACAUGCCAACACCUCCGCCAACUACGACGUGGAGCUUCUUCACCACAAGGAGGCGCACGUAGAGUUUAUAAAAAGUGGAGACGGACAUGUCGGUAACAGUCGAGAAGCCACUCUUAAAGAGACAGUCACUUUAAAAUGGUGCACGCCAAGGACAAACAGUGUGGAGCUGCAUUAUUGUACCGGAGCAUUUCGAUCUCCCUGUAGAUGUGAACGCCGACCGUCAUCCUGCCUUACCAACUUCCUGCUAAAUGGUCGGUCGGUGCUGUUGGAGCAGCCGCGGAAGUCAGGAUCCAAAGUCAUUAGUCACAUGCUGAGCAGUCACGGAGGGGAAAUCUUCCUGCAUGUGCUCAGCAGCUCGCGCUCCAUACUAGAGGACCCCCCAAUCAAUAGUGAGGGCUGUGGAGGGAGAGUCACCGACUACAGGAUUACGGACUUUGGGGAGUUCAUGAGAGAGAACCGGCUCAUGCCUUUCCUAGAGACUCGCUAUAAGCUGGACGGUACGGUAGAGGUUCCCCUGGAGAGGGCAAAGAGCCAACUAGAGAGAUAUACCCGCUACUGGCCCAUGAUAAUCUCCCAGACCACCAUUUUCAACAUGCAGGCUGUGGUACCUCUUGCCAGCGUCAUUGUAAAGGAGACUCUUACUGAGGAAGACGUGCUAAACUGUCAGAAGACCAUCUACAAUCUAGUGGACAUGGAGAGGAAAAAUGAUCCCCUCCCUAUAUCUACUGCCGGAACCAGGGGGAAAGGACCAAAGAGGGACGAGCAGUAUCGGAUAAUGUGGAAUGAGCUGGAGACCUUGGUCCGGGCGCACAUCAACAGCUCAGACAGGCAUCAGCGGGUGAUGGAGUGUCUCCAAGCAUGUCGAAGUAAGCCUCCCGAGGAGGAAGAACGCAAGAAACGUGGCAGAAAGAGGGAAGACAAAGAAGAAAAGUCUGACAAAGGGGGAAAGGAUAACGACCAUGACAAGAAGUGGUCAGAGUCUGAGCGGAUGAAAUCUUCAAUAGACAGAGAAAAAGAGGAGCUGAUGGAGACUGAGGUGAUCAAGGACUCCCCUGAUUCACCGGAACCCCCCAAUAAGAAACCUCACAUAGUGGUGGAGGAUGUGGCACCGGUAGAGAAGUCCAAAGGCCCCAUGUCCCUGCUGUCUCUGUGGAGUAAUAGAAUAAAUACUGCAAAUUCCAGGAAGCAUGAAGAGUUUAUUGGGCGUCUGAACUCCGUCAAUAACAAGGCAGAAUUAUACCAGAACCUCAAGGAAGAGAAUGGAUCUGACGUUAUAGAGAAUGGGAAGACUGGCAGACAGUGAAGAGAAGACCCUCGACAUUCAUUGUGGGACGAUCAUGACUCCCUUGAUCUUACAGACUUUAUAAACUGAUUUUUACCCAUGUCGCCUCUUUAUAACAUUUUUUUCUAUGAAUUGUAAAUAUAAAGCGGAUCCUGGGAAGACUCUGCAUUAUCUUACCAUGUAGUGGAGGAAGGAAGAAAAAAAGGCCUUGUUUAUAUUGAAAUAUUAAAUUUGCUUUAAAAUCCAAAGGAAUAAUAAAGUUGUUUCAGACUUUU